GGCCGGGCCGGGGCCGUGGCCCCAGCCGUGCCCUCCCUCUUCCAGGCCGGCCUGGCCCGGCCCAGCGCCGCGAGAGCCGAAGCAGCGCCCCUACCGCCAGCUUUUCCACCUCCAUCUCCUCCGCCUCCUUCCCCCAGCCACUAGCUCAGUCACAACCGGUUCAGACUGGCCAGGGUGCCCCGCAAAGAAGAGAGAGAGGGGGGGAAAACACUGGGAAUAACUUCCCCAGGAGGAGGAGAACGAGAAGGUGGAGCCCAGAGGAGGGGCCGGCUCCUUCCCUCCAUGUGGCCGCCGCCGCCGCUGCCGCGGGGCUCGGCGGGGGCAGAGGGCGGCGGCUCCAGGGGCAGCGCGUAGCGGGACCGAUUGCCCAAUACUCCGGCAGGGGCCGGGGCCGGGCCCCCGGAUAAAUAGCCGCCCGGCAAGCCCGGAGCUGCAGGGGAGAGCAGCGGCAGCGGUCUUACCCCCGACCACGUUCCCGGGGCACUGCGCCCUGUGCUGCGCCCCGGAGACCCUGCCGAGGCUGGUACUCAGGACCUCCAAAGGAACACUUGCUGAUCUCACAUUACGAUGGAAUAUAAAAAGUCCCCUGAUGGAGGCUGGGGCUGGGUAAUUGUGUUUGUCUCCUUCUGUACUCAGUUUUUGUGCUAUGGAUCUCCGUUAGCUGUUGGCGUCUUAUACGUAGAAUGGCUGGAUGCCUUUGGUGAAGGGAAAGGAAAAACAGCCUGGGUCGGAUCCCUUGCAAGUGGAGUUGGCUUGCUUGCAAGUCCUGUCUGCAGCCUAUGUGUCUCAUCUUUUGGAGCAAGAGCCGUGACGAUCUUCAGUGGCUUCAUGGUAGCAGGAGGCCUCAUGUUGAGCAGUUUUGCCCCCAAUAUCUACUUUCUGUUUUUUUCCUACGGCAUUGUUGUAGGUCUCGGAUGUGGUUUAUUAUACACUGCAACAGUGACCAUUACGUGCCAGUAUUUCGACAGCCGCCGUGGCCUUGCACUUGGCCUGAUUUCAACAGGUUCAAGUGUUGGACUUUUUAUAUAUGCUGCUCUGCAGAGGCUGCUGAUUGAUUUAUAUGGACUGGAUGGAUGCCUGCUGAUUGUGGGUGCUUUAGCUUUAAACAUACUAGCCUGUGGCAGUCUGAUGAGACCCCUCCAGUCCUCUGAUUGCCCUUUGCCUGAAAAAACAGCUCUGGAAAAUAUACCAGAUAGAUACUCAAUUUAUAAAGAAAAAGAAAAGAACCUGGAAGAAAACAUAAACAUUCUUGAAAAGAGCUACUGUGGUGAGGAAACAUGUAAGAGCACUUUAGCCAAUGGUGACUGGAAAUCGGACAGUCUCCUUCAUCAAAACCCAACAACAGCAGCACACACAAAAGAAACUGAAACGUACAAAAAGAAAGUAGCAGAACGGACAUAUUUUUGCAAACAGCUUGCCAAGAGGAAAUGGCAGCUAUAUAAAAACUACUGUGGAGAAACUGUGGCUCUUUUUAAAAACAAAGUAUUUUCAGCCCUCUUCAUUGCCAUCUUUCUUUUCGACAUUGGAGGGUUUCCGCCUUCAUUACUCAUGGAAGAUGUAGCAAGAAGUUCAAAUGUGAAAGAAGAAGAGUUUCUGAUGCCUCUUAUUUCCAUUAUCGGCAUCAUGACAGCAGUUGGUAAACUCCUUUUAGGAAUACUGGCUGACUUCAAGUGGAUUAAUACCUUAUAUCUUUAUGUAGCUACCUUAAUAAUCAUGAGCCUAGCCUUGUGUGCAAUUCCAUUUGCCAAAAGUUACGUCACAUUGGCAUUACUUUCUGGGAUCCUAGGGUUUCUUACUGGUAAUUGGUCCAUCUUUCCAUAUGUGACCACGAAGACUGUGGGAAUUGAAAAAUUAGCUCAUGCCUAUGGGAUAUUAAUGUUCUUUGCUGGACUUGGAAAUAGCCUUGGACCACCAAUUGUUGGUUGGUUUUAUGACUGGACCCAGACCUAUGACAUUGCAUUUUAUUUUAGUGGCUUCUGCGUCCUGCUGGGAGGUCUUAUUUUGCUGCUGGCAGCCUUGCCUUCCUGUGAUACAUGCAAGAAGCAACUCCCCAAGCCGGCUCCCACAACCUUUUUGUACAAAGUUGCCUCUAAUUCCUCUAAUGUUUAGAGGAAUAUUGGAAGGCACUCAAGACUGUUUUUUCAUAGCAAAAUUUCACUGUGGCUGAUUUGAAUGAACUUUUCUUUUUAUAUAUCCUAUUUUCUAUGUACUGUAUAUGUAGCCUCUAUCUCCUGUAUUAUUUUUUUCUCUUUUUCCAAAAAGUGGGACUAUUCUGUUUUGCUAUUAUUAUUCAUGAGUUCUUGACAUUGUGAAAAUUUUGGCCAGCCUCAGAAGUCUUUCUCUGUGUAAAGAAGUAUAAUUUCUCUGCAGGCUCCAUUUAGUUCCAUUUAGGGUAGCCAGAGGGGACUCUUUUUUUAUUUUAAUCUUUUUAAUAUUAUGG